AAGCAGCCUCGGCCAGUCAAGAUUCAGUCACUUCUCAGCGCUCUCUGCUCCGUCUGAGGAUGCUCUGGGCUGGCAGGAUGAGGCUGGGGACCAUCGGGAUCUUGCUAGCGCUCGUCCAUACAGCAGCAGCCUGCGAGUUUGGGCCGGUCCCUUACAGAGCCACGGGGAUCGUCUGCAGAAUGACCAAGCCCGCGGCAUUGCUGUUGAACCAGGAAACAGCACAGGUCAUUCAAGCAGCGUUCAGAAAUGCCAAGUUCCCAAACAUCACCGGGGAAAGGUCCGUGCGGCUCCUCGGCAAGGUGGCUUACGGGCUUGGCAACAUCCAGGUCAAUGAUUUGUCCAUAGAGCAGAGUGAGGUGGAGCUCAAGGAAAACGAUGCCAUUGACAUUGCCAUUAAAAAUGUGACGGCCUUCUUCAAGGGCACCCUGACCUACGGCUACGCUGGGGCCUGGUUUCUACAGCUUUUUCAUUCAGUUGAUUUUGAAAUCGAGUCUUCCAUCGACCUCCAGAUAAACAUUAAACUGAUGUGCCAGGAGGACCAGGUGGCUGCUGAUGCUUCAGACUGCUACCUGUCGUUCCACAAACUGACACUUCACCUCCAAGGAGACAAGGAGCCGGGCUGGUUGAAGCAGCUCUUCACAGAUUUCAUCUCCUUCACUCUGAAGUUUGUUCUCAAGAGAGAGGUGUGCAAUGAGAUCAAUUUUCUCGCCCAGGUGCUGGCCAAUUAUGUACACGACCUAGCAGCAAAUUUUGUUCGGGAUGAGGAUAUCGGACUUGACAUCUCCCUUGCAUCAGAUCCUUUAAUAAAAGCAAAUUACCUCGAAUCACAUCACAAGGGCCUUGUCAUGUACAAGAACUACUCUGAUGCCUUCAGUGACUCUGUUUUCUCCCCAUCACUGCUCUCCGAAUCCCGAAUGCUCUACUUCUGGCUGUCUGAACACAUCCUCAACUCUCUGGCUUCGGCAGCUUUCAUAGAUGAACGGCUGGUGAUGACCAUCAGUGGGAAGAAGUUGCAGGAGCUGUUUGAAAUUGAAGACACUGAAGUGCAGCAGAAGGCGGUGCAGUUGAUUUUUCGAGGCACCUCCUAUAAUGAUUCUGUGGCCAAGGUGUGGAGUCUCACCCAUCCCGAAAUCUCUCUCCAGCCUGAAGGGACAGUUGUGAAGUCCUUGGUAGCAGUGGAGAUCAACAUCUUUCCCCCAGGAGAAGAGUCCCUGAUGGUCCUGUACAUGGAGAAGGAAAUCACGGUCACUAUACAAGCUGACUAUGCAGAAAAGAAACUCAUUUUGCGCCCUUUGGAUUCCAGGACAGAGUUUAAAGUCUUUAAAUUCACAGCUGAUCCAAGUGAGAAUGACCAGUCCAUAAGAAACUUCCUGCAGAAAAUGAUCUCAGUUGUCGGGAUCCCAGAAGUGAUUUCAAGGAUUGAACCAGCUUUGACCUCACUUAUGAACAGCAAAGGGCUUCAUUUAUUUGAGAUCAAAAAUCCUGAGAUCAUCACAAGAAAGGGAUACCUAAUUGUACAACUUGACUUUAGCUUCCCAAAUCAUUUGCUCCUUGACUUUCUUCAGCAAAGAUUUUAGAACUGGUUUCUUCUUGAAGGAGUGUAGGAAAUUGUGUACAAACAGUGAUUGUGUGAAAUGAUUAAAAGACAAGCUGACUUAAAUCAGCUUCUGCUGAUUUUUUUUUUCCUUUCCCAAUAAAUGCUCCAGUUUCUGUGUAAUUGUGUAUCCACUAAGCAAAGAUGGUGAAGUCUGCACCUCCACACAUGCUUCAGGAUCUUUAAAGGAGAUCCUGAGGAGCUUACAAGUAAGGGUUGACUUCUUAAAGGCCAUUGGCACUGGGUUAGCAGUCAGAGAAGCCAGCAGAAACAGGCUUUACAAAUCAUUUGGUAUCUCUCUUGUUAUAUUUUGGAAACCUAGCACCUUUUGUACUGAUUCUUUUGUUUGUUUGUUUGUUUUUUGGCUCAACCAUGAGCCAAAGAGUUCAUGAUUUUGGCAUACUUCAGCCAUUCACAUGAUGCUACCAAACUGUAGGUAAGCUCAGAAGCAGUGAUAGUGCAGUGGUAUAGCUGAAGACAGUGGAAUGUGAAUUUGGAGAGCAGUUUAAUAAGAGAUCUCAUGUCCUGGCUACUUUCUUUACAGAGUUCAAAACAUGGUGUAGAGCUCUGAGCAAAUCAUGUCCAUGUUGCAGGGGUACUGGCCAAGCAAACUUAACAAAAGUAAUAAAAAAUGUAAGGAAACCAACGAGAUUA